AAGUUUUCAUUCGAAAAGGGGCGGAAAUCACCGAAGAACACUGUUUAUCCUCUUCAUCCUCUUGACAGCGGCGGCGAACAGGUAGCGGCAGCGGUACCCUCUCCUCUGGCUUCUUCUCUCCCUCUCUUCCUUCUUCUUCCUCUUUCUUUUUAUUUUUUUAAUUUUUAUUUUUGGGUUCCUUCCGAUCUUCCAUUACACACGUUGAUUUCCCUCAACCUUUUGGCUUCGCCCAACUCCUCGGCUAUGUUCUGUUUCUCUCACCGGUGGAGCAGGACCGAGUAACCAACCAUUAGUCGUAGCGUUUCUCUACUCAGUCCAGCCGAAUCGCGCACCCAAGAAGAUCGUUUCUUCUCACCGAACCCUUGGUCGCAAGCUCCGAUCAUCCUUAUCAUUGGGAGACAAACUGUUCAGAGGACUCGAAUGUGAUUCGCACCCAAAACUAUCGUCACUCUGUUAAAUCCUUUGGGUGUAAUCUCCAGUCACUGUUCAUCUCGGGGACCUGGCGACAAUCGAACAGAGCGGCGGCGGAUCUCAGCCCGGUCUCUCUCAUCCUCCAUCAUCUGUAGCAAUCCCGUUCACCGUUUCGGCCUCCCCACCUCAUCCUCCAACAUAUGUUUCACAUGACGGCUGAGAAGAGCGCAGGAACCUCGCAGCGGUGACGUCUCCGGUAUUCUCCGUCCUUAUUUGUGGCCUCUCAUCGCACGAAGCCGUCCACACAAAAUCUGAUGGUUUCCCCUUCAAUAUUUCCGCCAUCUUUCUCAGCGUCGAACUAGAAUAACUCCUCCCAUUAGCUCUCGGUUGCGAGCUCGUGAAUUUCGGUUUUGAACAGUCCGAAUCAGUGAGUUCACAUCCCACGUUGCAUCGUUUCAGACUAGGCUGACAUUCAACCCAGAUAUACUUGGAAGCUCGGUGCCUCGGUGGCAUAGGUAGGCCAUGGCUAAUGGGGAAAACAAGAAGAAAGACAAGCAUUCUGUUGAAGAUCCAUCUAAACCAUUGCCAUCUGGAAGGGAAACUCCAAAGCCUUUAAAGCCAAAACCUAAAAUUGUGAAAAAAUCUCCCAAUCAGAACUCUGGAAAAAUGAAAGAAGCCAAUGGAACUUCACAGGUUCAGGAGAAAACCAAGAAGAAGAAGACAAACACACAGGAAGUCAAGAAAGAUAAAGUUGCUACCACAAAGAAGAGCACAGAGGAAGGGAAGAAAGAUAAGGUUACUGCCACAAAAAAGAGCACACAGGAAGGCAAGAAUGAUAAGGUUACUGCCAGCACACAGGAAGAUGAAAAGAAGCCACAUUCACAGGAAGGAAACAAAGGAGAAGGUGAUGAAAAGAAGCCACGUUCACAGGAAAGAAACAAAGAAGAAGGUGAUGAAAAGACGCCACGUUCACGGGAAAGAAACAGAGGAGAAGGUGAUGAAAAGAUGCCGUGUUCACAGGAAAGAAACAAAGGAGAGAGUAUUAACAAUCAAAAACAUAAUGAAAAAAUCCACAGAGAUCAAAAAGACAAAGAAAAACUUGGUGGUUUGAUCUUCAUGUGCAAUGCAAAGACCAAGCCAGAUUGUUUCCGCUAUUGGGUCAUGGGUGUCCCAGCAAACAAGCAAGAGCUUGUCAUGGGAAUCAAACCAGGUCUAAAACUUUUCCUCUAUGAUUUUGAUCUCAAGCUUCUGUACGGAAUCUACCAAGCGGCUUCUUCCGGUGGCAAAAAGCUUGAGCCAGCUGCUUUUGGCGGGGAAUUCCCGGUUCAGGUGAGGUUCAAGGUUCACAAAGAUUGCCUCCCGCUGCCAGAAAAUGUUUUUAAGAAGGCAAUCAAGGACAACUACAAUGAAAAGAACAAGUUUAAGACUGAGCUUACCAUCCAGCAAGUAAAGAAGCUCAUGGAUCUUUUCCGACCUGUACCAGAUUUCCAAUCAAAUGCCCGCUCUUUCAUUCAAUCAUCCCAGCCAGUACCUCUCCCACAGCCAAUACCUGCAGAAGCUUUUGAGGGCAGAAGAGAGCUUCCACCCCAGGUACUCAGGGAACCUUUCAUGCGAGACCCCUACUCCCCUAAUGAGGCUAGGAGGCAUUUAAUGGCAUCUGAUCAUGAAAGGGAGCAGCUUUCUAGGCAUCCUACCUCGGCACACAGAGAGAUGAUCUCUACACAAAAAGAGGCAGUUGAUCGUGAUCCACUUUUUUUGAGUGAGAAGGAGUAUCGACUUUAUGGUCUUCAAGGGAGACGGCAAACCUCUAAUCCUCCUAUUUAUCCUAAUGCUCCCUCAGUGGACCCUUACCAGAAGGAUUAUGGAGGGGAACAGCUUCUGGGGCAACCUGCGCCUGUACACACAGAAACAGGAUCUAGGCAAGAGGUGCCUCGUCGUGAUCUACUCUUUCUAAGUGAGAAAGAUUACCGGACUUAUGGUCUUGCGCGAGAGCCACCACCAUCAACACUGUCUACUGCUUCCACUGUAGACCCUUAUACAAGGGAGUCAAAUUAUCCUUAUCAUUAUAGUGCUGCAGCUGCUGCUGUUGCAUCCUCAGAUGCAUAUUCUCUUUUACCUAGGAGGGAAGUAACCUCUUCGGAGGCUUAUCCUUUGGUCCCAAGGAGAGAGAGUUAUGAUUAUCUAGAAACAGGCACCACUGAUUACUUCAGGAGAAGACCUGAUGAAGUUGAAGCUUCAUAUUCAGCAUAUGCUUCAAGUGCUCUCUCAGAUUACAACCAGAGGCACCAUCAUUUGAGCGGCAAACCUGAGCUUGCAUCAACAUCAGUUUCAUCUCGAUACUCAUUUGCUGGUCCACCUUCUUACCGCCGUGUUCUGAGACCAUCUGCAGAUUGUUCCGAGCAACAUGAUAUUUCGAUUUUUGUUCAAGUGAGGGUGGAGUUUCUGGACGGAAUGGGUGGAUGCUUCUCGGACCUAAAGGGCGGAAAACAGGCUGUGGGCGGGACCCAAGCUAGGCCCACUGCCAUGGACAAGGACCCAGAACAUGGAGAAGGAAACAAUGAAGCUGUGGAUAUGUUUUACAAAUCUCGAGGUUUACAUGCUCUGUUUACACAAAUUGAGUUAUCAUUUUCUGCUGCAAAAUUACGUAACCUUGAUAUCCUUUCAAAGAGUGAUCCUAUGGCUGUAGUUUACACAAAGAAAAGCAAUGGAACUCUUGAGGAGCUGGGUCGUACAGAAGUAAUAUUGAACACACUUGAUCCUGUGUGGAUUGGAAAAGUUCCUAUUGCUUAUCAGUUUGAGAUUAUUCAGCCUUUGGUAUUUCGUGUGUUUGAUGUUGACACUAAAUUUCACAAUUUACCCGUAAAGAUGCUUAAGUUGAAUGAGCAAGAAUUUCUUGGGGAAGCUAGUUGUGUUCUAUCAGAGAUAGUAACUAAACAUACUAAGACCUUGACACUUAAUCUUCAAAAUAGAGAUGGGCAUGUGGAUGUGAAAAGAUUAGGGACCCUUACCAUCCAUGCAGAAGAAACAAUUGCUUCGAGGCGAGCUGUGGAGAUGAUACUCCAUUGUUCUUGUUUAGAGAACAAGGAUCUAUUUUCUAAGAGUGAUCCCUUUUUAAGGAUAUCUAGAAUUGUUGAAAGUGGAGGCUCUGUUCCAAUUUGCAAGACAGAAGUGGUGAAUAAUAACUUGAAUCCAAUUUGGAAGCCUAUCUGCCUUACUAUGCAGCAAUUUGGAAGCAAGGAUAACCCACUGGUUAUAGAAUGCUUUGAUUUCAAUAGCAGUGGCAAGCAUGAAAUUAUAGGGAAACUUCAGAAAUCAGUUGCAGACUUGGAAAGACUCCAUAAAGAAAAACUUGGUGCAAAUUUUCACUUACCAUCUCCUGCCCGCCAGGGUCAUGAGAAGAUUCUAAAGGGUCAGCUUUUUGUGGAUGCGUUUUCUGAGAGAACACUUUACAGUUUUCUGGAUUACAUAUCUAGUGGAUUUGAGCUUAACUUCAUGGUUGCUGUUGAUUUCACUGCUUCAAAUGGAAACCCUCGAUUCCCAGAAUCUUUGCACUAUAUUGAUCCUUCAGGGCGACUGAAUGCUUACCAGCAGGCUAUAUUUGAGGUGGGUGAGGUCAUCCAAUUUUAUGAUACUGAUAAGCACUUCCCUGCUUGGGGUUUUGGAGGAAGGACAACUGAUGGUUCAAUCUCUCACUGUUUCAACUUGAAUGGGAAUGUUGGAGAGUGUGAGGUUGAAGGAGUUCAUGGCAUCAUGGCUGCCUAUGCAAAUGCUCUACAUAACGUUGCUCUUGCAGGACCAACUUUAUUUGGCCAAGUGAUCAACAAGGCUUCUCAAAUGGCUAGUCAGUCUAUCUCAUAUGGUCAAAGCAAAUACUUUGUCUUGCUCAUCAUUACAGAUGGAGUGCUGACUGAUGCUCAAGAAACUAAAGAUGCAUUGGUGAAAGCUUCGGAUUUACCAUUGUCGGUACUUAUAGUUGGAGUUGGAAAUGCAGAUUUUAAAGAAAUGGAGAUCCUUGAUGCUGAUAAUGGACAAAGGUUAGAGAGUUCCACCGGACGGAUUGCAGCACGUGACAUUGUGCAGUUUGUUCCGAUGCGUGAGGUGCACAGUGGACAGCUUUCUGUUGUUCAAGCUCUCUUGGAAGAAUUGCCUAGUCAGUUUCUAACGUACAUGCGGAGUAGGGAAAUUAAACCACACUUUGCCAAUGAGGUUCCAGUUUCUACUUGAGAACAUCCAUGUACAAUCUCUGGAUAUCCUCAACCAGGAUGCACAGUUUCUGCUCAACUUGGUGUACCAGAGGUACUGGGUUCUUUUUGAGUCAUUGCAUGGAACUUGCUUGAAAGAUGGUGCUUUGUGGAGCUUAGCUAAUGUCCAAAACUAUGCCACUUAUUUUUUGGCCAUUGCUGAGCAUUAUGCUUACAACAAUCUUGUACAGUAGAGUUGAAACUGAUGGUUGAAUGCCCAUAGAGGAAAAUUAUUGUAUAGAAAUUUUCUUUUGGUUUUGGAAAAUUCUGUUAAGAUUGAUGAUCGACUCCCGUUCUCGUGUAAGAAAAUACAGAAAAUUAACCUUG